UGAGAGGCUGAAUUAGCAUCUGACAUGUUGGAGAGUGGGCGUGGCCUUGCUGUUAUAAAUGGGGUGGGCGGAGAGAGGCAGAGGCUGCUGGUGGUGACGUCUGUAGUUGUGCGACCCCGGGGGCUCUGGCUCGGCUCGGCUCGGCUCAGUGAGGGCUGCAGGGUUGAACACAUCUCACCAACAUGACUGACAUGGCUGACAAUCACCAGGAGGCUUGGGAGGUGUUGGUUAAUGCUGCGGAAAAAUACCGCAGACUGACUGGAAACGAUACAGUGCUAAUCACUGCCUACAAACCCAAACUGCUUUCCUCCUUCGAAUAUUCUAUACACGGGAGCGGGCUGCUCCUGGAGGCCACACAACGCUACCUUGAUGACAUUUCUGUAGUGCACAAAACCACUGCCUUUACCAGCCCCAUGCCCAUCUACAAAACCAAUGAGACCUCAUCAGGCAGACAGAACUCGUACUCAAAGAGCUACCCCUCGAUUUAUGGCCAGGAGCAGUUUUCUUCAAUUGAGGACAAUGACAGAGCCAAUCCCAUAAUCCAAAACCAAAUGCCUGACGACAUGUCCAAAUUGGAGGCACCAGAUGAAGAGGACUAUGACUACAACAAGCAGUUGGAAAAGACUGCUGAACCUCUUCCUAGUGACUCUGCAGGGCUAUUUGUGAUGGACGAGGAUUCCAACAGCCAAGACUGUGAACCUUUUUUUGAAUCUGACCAAGAAGAAAGCACUGAUGAUGGCAGUCUUACUGAUGAUUUACCUGGGCACCCCCCACCCCAGCGCAACUAUCAGCAGUACGCAAGGUCUCUUCCAGUCACUGUGCCUGUCUGGGGCUUCAAGGAGAAGAAGCAGCAAAAUAAGUCUUCAGAUGACGAGACCAGCAAGUUUCCUUCUCCCGACCUGGACAGAAUUGCAGCCAGUAUGCGUGCCCUGACCAUUGACCACUCGCAGCCAUUUGGUGACCUCCCGCGCCCCCGACUGAACACUGGGGACUUUCAGACAAAGUACAGAAAAUACUGAGCCGCCUGAGCCCUGCAAGAACACUGGUCUGAACACUACGACAUUUCCACUACAACAUUUAUCAAUCAGCAAAUGAAGCUACACAUAUCAGACUGCCCACCUGCUGUUAGAUGGGUAACUUACAUCCCCUGCUCCCAUCUCAUGUGAUGACUUCAUUUUCACUUUUUCUUUUUAAAUGUCAUUAUUUUUUAAUUGUACCCCAUCUUGUGUCGGUGUGAGGCACAGCAAAACUUGACUAUGGUGGUGGUUCCCAUUUGAUUUGUGUAAAAACAACAAAUGAUCUUCCCCAUUUAUUUUAACUGCCCCCCCCUCAAUGAAAAGAGGAACAAAUGUUUCUAUUUGAGCGGGUCGUUUUCCGUUAUGCCCUCGACAAGCCAUUGGUCGGCUUACAUGUUACCUGGGGAGUGAAAUUGUUGCCUUUAACUCUGUUUGUACAAUAUAUCGGGUAACUUUAUAAUCCGUUAAUCGGUCAAUACCAGCAUAUCUGCACCAGCAUAUCCACAUGCAAGAACCAUAGCUCCAGCUUCUAAUAGGGGAAAUAGUUCAUGAUCCUGUGAUCACUGUGAUACUCUAAAUGGCUAAACACUUUCACCUGGCAUAUAUUCCUUCCUAUAUAUAUGUUUGUUUUUUUUUAAAUUCUGUCCAACCCUGGUUUAACAUGUUUACUAAUAUUGGAGAUAAAUAUCUGGAGAGAUUCCUAGCGAUUUUGCCAAUCUGCAAUUAGAUUUAAACCGUCACCUAUAAGUUAGAAAACGAAAGCAAAGAUCUGAUUGGCUGCUACAGGCAACAUCUCCAGAUAUUACCUCCAAUGUUGGUAAACCUGCCCCUAAAACCUUUUCCAGGUCACUAGGGAUACUAGUCGUUCUAACUAAGCAGAGGUAAACCAUGAGGGCUUUAAGAGCAGGAUAGAAUGUAGCAUUUAAUCGAAUCCUCUCCAUAAGUUAGCCUUUUGGAUGGUAACAUCUUGGAGAGAGGUAGGAAAAGCCAAGAGUUUUAGAGGAGAAUUCAACCUGUAAUACCCCCCCGGGGCAAAUACCCCUAAUUUUUUACUCGCCAGAUUCUGGCCUCAGAGUUCACGCCAGCCAUGUUCUUCUCCAGGAAUCUUCAUGUAUAGACGUCAUAGUUGGGAGUACAUUUCCGGUCCCGAACCACUGAAAGCCACAAAUUUCAAGAGAAUUUUCGUGACUUUUGGCACAUGCGCGGUGGUUCGGGACUGGUAAUUGACUCCAAUUGCGCAUGCGCUGAAACUUCCGAAGAAAGAAGAUGGUGCCCGUGAGGCCAGAUUUUCACUGAGGGGUGAGUAAAAAUUAGGGACAUUUGCCUGGGGGCAGGUAGGCUGGGGGGGGAGGAGGGAGUGCGAUCUACCCAGGGUAGAUUUCUUUUUUUUUUUUUUUUUUUUUUUUUUUUUUUUUUUUUUACUAGUUGAAUUCUCCUUUAAAAGUUCAUAAUUGAAAGGUGUAAUAGGCUAUGUAUGAGAUGCAGCCUUGUCACCACCACUUCAAGGCAAGCUCUGUGAUUGGAUUAAUUUCAUAGCACGUCUGACUGGGGGAACAUUCCUUCUCAUGUUCAUAUGACUAUAUACCAGUCCUAGAAGCCAUGUUAAUUGGUGUAGGGAGAAUGACUGACUGUUAACUACCACUUGUUCUCAAGUCCUCUGUCCAGGUGAUCAAUGUGGCCGUUCCCCCAGGACAGGUGCUGUGUCUCAAAGUUUGUGUGUGUGUAAUCCAAACUUUCUCAGUGUUAUAUGAACUCCCAUUGAAAGAUAAGGCCUUAAUGUUAAAGGGUAAGUUUCAUACCCUUACAGUGUAUACUUUCCCCUUCUGUACAUUUUCUUCAUGUGCAGCGCUGAGGUAUUGAGGGUGACUACACAUACAGACCCUGAAAUGAUUGAAUUGUGACCAUUUUCUGAGUGACUUGCUAAAAAAUAAAGUUAUUUUAAGAAUAAAAAAAAA